AUGCCAUCGCCGCGUUGUGUUGUACAAAAUUGCAGUAAUAUGUCUGACAAAAACGCAGGCAUUUCACUGCAUUCUAGUCCAUCUGACGAAUUUUUGAGAAGAAUAUGGAUAAAAUUUGUUCAAACUAAGCGCGCCAAUUUUUUCCCGGGUUCAAAAAAUCAUCGCUUUAUGGUUUGCUCCGACCACUUUUCGACCGAUAGUUUCGAGCGCUUAUUUCAUUUGGAUGGUUCAUCAAGACGACUCAAGCGCGGUGCUGUUCCAACUAUUUGGAAAAAACCACAUGCGGUGCCAGAGCUAACAACAAGAGAACGGCGAAAGCUUUUAAACGACAUGCAAAAAGAGUAUUCGCAGGAAAACAAUGCAAAUAUAACACGGAAUAUUGAUGAAACGCUAGACGUGGAAAAUUGUGAAAAUUUGAAUUUGCUCACUCCAGAACCAGUGGAUGACGAAAAGAGUACGGCUUUGCCUGUGGAUAAAAUUAGUUUAUGCAACGAAGAGCCAGAACAAGAAUUGGGUGAAACUCCAUGCCGCAGCUGCAAAACAAAAGAAAAACAGUUAGAUGAGCUGAACGCCAAAUUGACAAACGUGUACGCAAAACUGGCCAUUAACCAGACACAAUGGAUACACACAAUUAAAUCAAUAGAAAAUAAAAAUAACAAUUAUGAACAAACGUCUCAGCAAAUGGGUGACGCCAUCACUGAUGAAAACAAUCCGGUUUUACUAGCGGAGAAAACCCAAGAUAAUGUUGUUGAAGAACUUUUGGAGGAUAUGGAUAUGUCUAUAUCUGACGACGAGACCAAUGACUCAGACACUGCUGAUCCACUAUGGGAGCCUGAUGAUCUUUAUUAUGCCCAUUACCAUGCUCACAAUCUGUCUAUUCAUUUUUUUAGAAUAAACCAUUGGAAAAACAAAAGAGAUGAACCCAAGGGCAUUGUCUUUCUUUCUCAACUAUUGCUUCUUGUACAACAUUGUCACAUCUGUUUUAGUCCUAAACCGCAAGUAAAAACAAGUCGCUGUGGAACCAUGAUAGUUGUCAGCACGCAUUGCAAGAACUGCAAGGAAAAAUUUAUCUGGAAAAGCCAACCUACUCUUCUAGGAAAGUUUCCAGCUGGGAAUAUCCUUCUUAGCUUUGCUAUCCUAUGUGCAGGAGCAUCCCCCAGAAAAAUACUUCAGGUAUUCAAGAAUAUGGGAGUUUUAGGCUACAAUGAGGUGACAUAUUACUACCAUCAAAGGCAAUUUCUCUUCCCCUCCAUUGUUAUGUAUUGGAAUUCCUACCAGAAAAAGAUCUUGGAUUCCCUGAAAGGAAAAGAAGUAGUGUUAGCUGGAGAUGGACGACAUGACAGCAUGGGGCAUUCUGCAAAGUACUGCACAUACACUAUGUUUUGUUGCACAGUUGGACUCAUAAUUCACCUGGUAGUUAUUCAGGCAAACCAAGCAGGGAGUAGCACAGCAAUGGAGGCUCUAGGUCACCAAAAAGCAUUGUCAUUUCUGCUUUCAACUGCUAUCAUCAUAACAACAUUUGUGUCAGACCGUCAUGCGUCAAUUACCAAGUGGAUGAGAGAGACUUGUCCUAAAAUGUGCAAGCAAGCAGGGAAACCAGUCAUAAAACACUUCUUUGAUUUGUGGCAUAUUGGGAAAAAAAUUCAAAAGAUUCUGAUCAAACUUGCGAAGGAGAAAGAUUGUGAAGUACUUGGGAAAUGGAGAAAAGCAUGUGUGCGGCAUUUCUACUGGGCAGCUACAUCAACCUUAUCUGGAAUUGGAGAAGUGAAAUGGGCAAAAUUUGAAUCUUUUUUUAACCACAUCAUAAACCAACACAAAAACUUUGCAAAUAAAAUUUACAACAAGUGCAGCCACAGUGACAUUUUGAAACCUCGUGUUUGGUUAACUAAGGGUUCUGUUGCAUAUGAAAAAUUGGUGGAAGCACUUACUAAGAAAAGGCUAGUAAAGGCUGUUAAACAGGCGUCAUCUGUGGCCCAAACCAGCUGCUUGGAAGGAUACCACUCAGUUGUUAAUCAGUUUGCCCCCAAAAUGACCCAUUACUCAUACACUGGAAUGCUUUGCAGGUAGAUUACAU